AUGCUAGAUUCCGAUACUGAAGUUCCUCAAGAAAUUCUUGCGGAAUACGAAAAAUUGUUGAAAAAGUCUUACACGGAAAAUUUUGAUGAACUUCAUAAGACAGAUUUACUGAAGAUAAUUGGAAAAGAUGGAUUCGGUUCACAUAUCGUUUUGUUGAUCCCCUGUUUUAUAGUUUCCUCUGAUGCAGGUCCUGAAAAAACACUGAGAUAUUCCAUUAUGACAUUAGACCCCAUUGUGAAGGAAAAUUACGUGUUGAUUCUUUGCGAAACUCACACAAACUGGUUGACAGAUGCAGUUUAUGCCUACGCUAAGCAGUGGUAUGAUACGCUUCCGAGGAAAUACAAAAAGAAUUUAAAAAAGCUGUAUCUUUUGCACAGCGGAUUUAUGUCUAAAACAUUGUUAACAAUUGUAACUCCAUUUGUGUCAGCUAAAUUUUGGAAAAAAGUAGAAUACAUAGAAAAAUUAGAAGAUUUAUUUUUAAAGUUAAAUGUAAAUCCAACAUAUUAUUUGAGAUAUUUUCCAUACAUAGUUCAAAGAAAUGAAGAAAUUUUAUUAGGAGGAGAAACUAUUUCAAUUUUUGGUGCCGAUUUAGAGAUUUUAUGUCAAAGAUUUGGAAAAAAAUAUAUGGAAUUUAAACAUAUCCCAUCUAUUCUUGUCGAUUUUUUGAGUCAUUUAUUGAAACCAGAAAUUGUUAGUACUAAAGAUUUAUUCUAUUUACAAGCAGAUGCAAAUACUUUAUAUGGAACAAUAGGAGAUAUACAAUAUGGUGAACCAACAACUGAUUUUAAUAACAUUCCAUCUUUAGUCUGCUCAUUUAAGCUUUUUUUAGACACACAAAAACAUGGAUUAUUGGGAAAAGAUGCUUUCAUAAAAUUGUAUCAUUUAAAAACUGUUUCAGCAUCAGAUAAAGCUAUUAGAAAUGUUUUAUUUAAAUUAUAUGACAAACUUGAACCAGGUGUUAAGGAAUGUUUACUCUGUCUUUUAAAAUUUUUUAAAACCGUUUCUACUUAUUCAAAUGAAAAUAAUAUGACAACAGAGACUUUGGCAAAAAUAUUUGCACCCACAUUUUUUAGACCCAAAAUUCCAAAUGCAGUUUUUUCGCAGUGUAUUCCUUUAGCAAAUAAAUGUAUUCAAAUGAUAAUAGAUUCUCCCGAUGUUUUAACCAACCCGCAAAAAUACAGCACAGAUAGUGAUAGCUCAGAUGAAACCGAGUCAGAGGAAACAAAUGAGAAGGAUUCCAAAUCGGUGAGUUCAAGUCAGGAAUCAAGCAGUCAGUCAGAUGAAAAUAAGGAUAAUAAUCAUGAGUCUAGCGAUUCUAUCGAACUUGUGAAAAAAGGUGCAUCUAAUUCGUCAGAAAAGCAAAAUGCAAAUAAAAAAAACACUACGGAAGAGAGAGAAUCGAUUAAGGAAAAUUCUGGCAAAGCAUCGAAUGGAGAAUCGAAUGGAGAAUCGAAUGAAGAAUCAGAAGAGGAAUCAGAAGAGGAAUCAGAGGAAACAUCAGAGGAACCAUCAGAGGACGCGUCGGAGGAGGAGAAAGCGUCCAGUUCAGUAGAAGUAAAAAAAAAAGUCAAUUUCAAGAGGGAAGAUGAGAAGCAGGAGUGA